AUGCCCAACAGAACGGAAAGAAGACGUUUCCCGGGCGAGGAAGGUGCUAGCUCCUCUGCUAACGAACACGACUACAACAACGGCGCCAGCGGGAUGGAGUGCUCGAUACCAGCAAUGGCAGAUGAGCUGGAAUUCCCUCCACUGCCCGUUACACCGAGUAAGCCUCCCCUUGCUAAGAAGCCUUCGCUGUCCAGAUUCCAUGAUGCUAAUGAUAGUCUUUCUAACACUACUGCCCGCAUGCUUGCCGAUUUGAUCAAUUCAAGAAGCGACGCGCUUGAAGAAAUGAUUGGCGCCAUUCGCACUGAGAUGAAAGUAGUGAAUGUAAAGAUCGCCGCCAUUGACACCCGUGUUGGCAAAUGUGAGGAUGCUACUCAGAAAAGCUGGGCUCGAGCAGCUGAGGUGGAGAGUUAUGGGAGACGGUGGAACCUGAGGCUGCACGGGGUGACUGAAACCAGGGAUGAGAAUGUUCGUGAGAAGGCCAUUGCUGUGUGUCAAGAAGUGCUUCCAACUAUAAAGGACAAGAUGCGCGAUAUCAUUGAUGUUGCUCAUCGAGUGGGGAAAAAACGCGGCGAUGACCCGAGGCCCCGCAGUAUCAUCAUAAAGUUCGUCUGGAGACAUCACAAGGAGGAUCUGUGGAAGGCUGCCAAGACCUGCGCUUUUCUCCAAGGUAAUGGUCUGCGCUUCAGUCUGGAUCUUUCAAAAGAGGACAAGGACAACCGCGGGAAACUGUGGCCCAAAAUCAAGAAAGCGCGAGAGGAGGGCAAGACGGCCUAUUUCGUGGGUGGAAGAGGAUUCGCCGAUGGAGUUGAAAUAUUUCCAUAA